CCAGCGCGCACUUCGUUCACACGUGCCUGUCAGGGAGUGGCGCCUGUCCGACGUGAACCUCGGGGCUUAAAGCGCGGUGUGAGGCCGUCGGCUCUCAGUGUCACGUCUCUCCCAGUCGUCGUCACCAUGGUUCCCGCCGCUCUACUGCUGCUGUCGGUGCUGGCCUCGCCGGCUGUGGCCGCUGGCCCGGUCUCGGUGACCCUCUACUACGAGUCGCUGUGUCCGUACUGCCGCGACUUCAUCGUCGGCUCGUUCAGCGAGGCCUGGCAGGCGGUGCCCGAGAUCAUGGACGUGACCUUCCUGCCCUGGGGCAACGCGCGCUCUAUCGACCAGCCGGACGGCUCCGUCACCAUCAGCUGCCAGCACGGCGAGCAGGAGUGCUACUUCAACGUGGUGCACGCCUGCGCGCUCAAGAUGGCCCCCUCCAACUCGGUUGCCAUCGACUUCAUCGUGUGCAUGGAGUCGAACGGCCAGGACACGCAGGGGUGCGCGGCCCAGACGGGUCUGGACGGCGCAGCGCUGGAGAGCUGCGCCGUCGACCCGGCCAUGGACGCCGAGAUGCUGCGUCUGCGCGACAUCACCGACGCCGCGGACCCGCCUCUGCGCGGCGUGCCCACCGUCGAGGUCAACGGCAGCCAGCACCCACAGAACGAGAUCAUCAGCGACCUGCUUACGGUCGUCUGCCGCGAGUACCAGGGCACCAAGCCGGCCGGCUGCCCCUGAACGGACGGAGCCGGACGGCCGCCUAGCGGGGACGCCGCAUUGGUGUGGUGGGAGAAUGUCAAUCCACCGUUAUCAAAUAAAUACGCGGUAACAUUGUC